AUGACUCUUAAACAGCAGGUUGACCACUACGCCAGCGUGGUGGGAGCCCCCGUACCAGACGAGCACUUCUCAGACGGCGGUAUCGACUGUGGUGAGCAUGGUGAUUUCGAUGCAGAAAAUCGUCAAAAUGCUAUCUCAAUCGACCACACAGAUGCCAUCAUGGCUGGGAAAUAUCCGCAAUCAAGCACCCACAGUUUCGACUGGGAGCCACGACAGGGUGUAGUCGGUGGUAUGGAGCUUCCUUCUCUUCGAGACGCAGGAGUGACAAUGGAUUGGUUCACAGAACAGCUGAAAAUCGAGCAAGAAUGGGCCAAGCUCUACCCUCACACACUCUCGCCCAUCGCCCAGUCUGGGAUCAUGUUUAUCAUGUUGACAAGCGCGCCUCCUGACUCUUGGGACAAAAUCAAGUCCCUGGUCCUGGUCAACAAGUUCCUCAACGGCUUGGUUAAAGGGACACACACAAAAGCCAACGAGACCAGACUUGUCUGCAGUCCGUGGCCGAGACCCGAACUUAUGCCCAACAUUGACCCUCGCGGAACUCUUAAACCUUCACCCCUCGAAUGCCCCAAGGCGAACCUGCAGGAAAUCUUCGCGACCUUCUUUGACCAUGUCCUUUGGACGAGAGCGACCGCCGUCCACUCAUUUAAGGACCAAAGUCUUCGCAGUACGUACAGUUACGUUCAAUGUGUGUAUCGCGAAAAAGCACUACUCCCGGGUAUCCUGGGGUGUCAUCUUGUCGCUACCCACGCCGGCAUGAACGCCAGUCCUGAAAUCCUUGUUUACGGACCAGCCAACGAUGGAACUGAGAGGCUUAAGCCUGUCAUCUCCCUCAAGAACACCCAGAUGGGCAGGACACCAGCCCCAUUCAUCAACCCAGCUCUGCUCGCCUGCGAACCAUGCUGGUCGGACGAAAUUUCAGAUGCCCAUAAGGAUGAUGAGGAUUGGCAAACCCAGCCGCAGCAUCCUCUUCUGCGCCAUCCGCCGAUGAUACUGAUGCAUGCCAACGAUGGCCCCGGCCCACGAGAUACACCCAUUAAUGCGAUCAUUGGCCCUUCAGGAAUUCCGCGUGCACCGAACUUCGGAAAGAGGCUACAGCUUGCCCGAACCGAGGUCCCAGGCCAGGCGUUUCAGCUGGCGCUGGCCGAGACGCACACCGUAAUUGAUCAGAGGAAGGUGAUUCUGAAAUGGAAGAGGAUGGUUCCGAAGACGAGGAUGACUCUGAGAUGGACGAAGACUGAGUUACUUAACUCUGGGGCGGAAGUCAGUGGCUGA